AUGGGCGCUAUGUGGCGCUCCGUGGCCCUGGCGCUGCUGCUGGCGGCGUGCUGGCCCCGCGCGCCGGUGCUGGCCAGCGGACCCAUGUCCUUGCUCGAGUAUAGCCGCAGCGACUGGAGGAGCCUGGGAGCGGAGACAGGGUUCCCAGGGGACCAGCGCACAGCGCUGCAGACGACGAACGCGGCUGUCAAGGGCGCGAUAGACAGCCAGGUGUUCUUCAGCCCGGACGGGUCGGUGUACAACGUGUUCGUGACCUCCGACACGCAGGUCCACGUCGCGCGGUUCGGCCCCUCGCGCCACAACGCGCAGGGCUGGGAGCUCCUGCGCACCGAGCACGAGCAGCUCGACGAGGCGCAGCGCUACACGGGCGCCGUCCACCAGCUCCCCGAGCUCGAGUUCUACCCGCCCCCGUGGCAGAGCGCCUCCAAGCGCCGCCACGCCGCGGCAGCGCCCGAGGGCGAGGGCGCCCCCGCCGAACAACCGACGCGCCCGCUCGCGCGCACCCUCCUGCAGACCACGCCGCCGGGGGGCUGCCCGCCGGGCCAGUCGCUCUCCAACGGCGGGUGCGCGCAGUGCACCGUGGGCUCGUACUGCCCGGGCGGCACCACGCCCGCGCAGGCGUGCCCCGUUGCCAAGCCCGACCAGACCAGCCCCGCCGUCCUGUCCUUCUACACGUUCCAGAUCGACGCGACCCGGGCGCAGCAGUGCGUGAUCAACCCGUGCCCCUCCGGGUUCUUCUACCUCAGCAGCCCCCCGUCGUGCAACGCGUGUGCGCCGGGCAACUACUGCGACGGACAGGCGCAGGUCCCGUGCCCGUACGGGACGUUCCAGCCGGCCUCGGCGCAGUCGUCGUGCCAGGCCUGCCCUGUGCCGCUGACGACGCUGGUGACCGGCGCGACGUCCUCGACGACGGCCUGCACGGUCGCCGCGAACAUCCGGAACAACCCGCGCCCGCGCCUGUUCUUCAACACCCUCCCCUCGGGCGAAGUCCAGACCUACAUUGCCUACGUUCCCAAGGGCGCCGAACGCAUGGGCCUGUGGCAGUUCACGUACGGGGCGUGGCGCGACAUGUUGCAGGGGACCGCCGCGCGGGGGUCGGCGAGCGCGACCACGGCGGAGUUCCGUCCGCGGACGCACGCGAUGGUCCUCGACGCGCGCCCGUUCGACGUGUACUUCCCCUCGCCCGACACGGGGUACAUCGCGUGGGCCACCGCGGCCAACCGGCUGGCGCUGGCGUCGUUCUCGACGUCCCCCACGGGCGGCAUCGCCUCGGCCGGCCUGCUGUACGACUCCGCGGACACCUCGCGGCCGUACAACGGCGGGUCGAACGUGCGACUGCUGCGCAACGUGGACGGCACGAAUGUGCUGAUCACGAACGACCCGUUCUUCGCGACGGCGAGCUUCUCGCCCGCGCCCACGCCGGCGCACGUCGCGAUCGACCUCGGGCGGUGCUCGCUGUCGAAUGCGCAGUGGAGCUGCGAGCCGGGCCAGGCGUACCACUACAUCUACUCCGUGAACCCCCUCGACACGUGCUCGUCGGGGAAGGCGGGGGAGUUUUUCAGCGUCGACGGAAAGAUGGUCACGCUGGAGCGGCCGUGCCUCCCGGACGUUUCGGGGCAGUACGUGCUCGAGUCCCGUGAGCUGGGCCUCAAGUACAGCAACGGCACGCGCAACCGCGCCAUCACCACCUCGGACGGGCGCCUCCUGUCGAUAUCCAAUCGCGUAAACGGCUUCCGCGUGAAGGAGGUGGGGACGGCCGCGACCGCGUCGGUGUACGAGACGCUCGUCAUGACGUACUCGGUCGCGCAGGCCGCGAACGGCGCGCUCUACGUCGCCGCCGCGACGUCGGACGUGCAGUCGAGCGCCAACCCUGCUGGGCUCGUUCUGGCGUCCUACGCCCCCUGGAACAGGACCUGGGACUCCUCCAUCGGGUCCACGUCCUACACGGUCCCCAACACGGGCUCGGACACGACGUUCAAGAGCCUCAGCGUCGCCGCGGACGACCACCCGUACACGGCGCUGCCGUACCUCGUCUACACCGGCACGCAAACGGACGCCGUGCACGUCCGGCACCUGUUCCCCACCAACGUGGUGUCCCGCGAGGUGUACGGCACCAACCGCGGGCAGAUCGUGACCUCCGGGUUCGACCCGACCACCGCCUCGGAGACAAUCGGCCUCGCCGUCGGGACGAGUCGGAGGCUCGUCGCGGAGCUCCAGACGGGCCUGACCGAGCUCUCCAGGCCAGUGCUGUGGGGCCCCCCCGGGCAGUUCUCGGCGCAGGGGUUCCCGAACCAGCUGGCGGUGUUCACCGCGAUCAUCAAGAACCAGCUCUACAUCUGCUCGAUGGACCUCUCCACCGCGAACAUGCGCGCGGAGAUGAAGACGUGCGACUUCGCGAUGGCCGAGUUCCGCACCGACGGGAAGAACAUCACCACGGACAUCGCCGCGAGCUCGACCACGCAGGGCGACUACAUGUGGGCCGUGGCGACGCACGACGAGCACAUGGACUUCAUCCGGUUCAGCAUGGGCAACGUCAUCAGCGGCGCCAACGGGUUCCUCAACGCGGCCUCCUCGGGCGCGGGGGCGUUCGUCGACGAGAUCACCAACCCCGCGGGCUGCGCGUCGACGGUGACGCGCUCGGCCCUGCGCGCCGCGGUGUACGACCCCGGCGUUCCGGGGUUCACCAGCUCCAACUUCCUGAAGGACUCCGACAAACUGCCGUUCACGCUGCGCAAGAGCGCCCUCGUGGUGGUGACGUACGACGCGGAGUGUCUGCCGGCGUCCACGGGCUCGGCGAGCCUGUCCGUGCGCUGGCCGGGGAUCACGGAGACGCUCUUGGACGUGGAGCGCGGGAACAUCAGCGUGCCCUCGGGCAGCCAGAUCACGCGGGACCACCUGGGCUUCGACGGCCCCGUUGGCACGCAGUUCAGGACCGGCAGCGUCGCGAUACGCGCCAGUCCGUUCGUGGAGCGGCGGUUCUACGUCGCCGUGAUGCGGCAGCCGUUCCAGCCGGACCAGACGGGGGAGGUGCGGUUCUUCGAGUGGGACCUGACGUUCCCGAACGCGGCGCCGACGCUGCGGCAGACGAUCACCGAGCAGUUCGUGAACCCGGGGGUGUCUUUCACCGGUCUGACCAACACCACCAAGACCUUCGAGAUCCUGACGUGGCGGCGCGAGUUCACGAGCAUCAGCGGGGACACGGCGAUGAACAACCACUGGAUCAUGAUCGCGUUCACCACGGGCACGCUGGUCACGUACCGCCGCGCCUCGACCGGCGCGGCCUUCACGCGCGACCCAAACAUCGUGUGGCUCGGCCUGGGGGCGCAGCGCCAGGCGCUCGCGGGCGGCACCGGCACCACGCCGUGGAUGUCGUACGACCCGCCGCGUCCGUGGCUCAUCAACGAGAAGCUCGCCCUCGAGGUCGACUCCCAGGGCGUGCUGUUCGCCACGUACCCAGACCACACGCACCUGAACGCGCCCGUGGUGAUCCAGAUCACGUACGACGCGGCGCGCACGAAGCGCGUCGCGCGUGCCGUCCCGCUGGCGACCGGCCUGCAGUCCAUGCAGCUGGCGCCGCGGGGCCCGGCGACGAUCCUGGCACCCACGUGGACGGUCUCGGGGCAGUCCGGAGACGGACUCACGCUGAUCUACCCGGACACCACGUCGUCCGGGACCGGCACCGGGAACCUCCUGCGGGCGUCGACGUUCCGGGCGGACCCGCCCGUCGCGUACGGCUCGUCGUGCACUGCGGCCGACACCUUUGUGCCCCCCUCGGGCAGGGUCGUCGGGGCGUUCCCGAACGGGCUCGGGGCGCUCAAGGUCCGCCAAGGGUACGUGGCCGUGGUCAUGUUCUCAGAGGCAGACACCCGCGUGUACGACUCUGCCAGCGCCACGUCGCCCGAGGUCUCGGCGGAGUUCAACCUGUGCACGUCGGGCACGGCCGCCACCGUCCGGAAGAUGUUCAUCUUCAGUAGGGACCGCGACAGGAACCACACCGAACCGGAUUUCGAGUCCGUCGUGCGGAACGAGGCCGGGUACCACCUGCUGAUGGCCAGCCGGCCCGCCAGCAUCCGCGCCAACGUGUUCCCCAGCUUCCUCAGCGUGUGCGGCGGCUCCUCGCCGGGCUUCGACCAGGCCGGGCUCAAGGUCUCGUGCGCGCCAGGAUCGACGGAGGUCACCAAGAUCGAGCUAUCCGGGGGGGUUGCGGACUUUGCCAACGUCAUGCCGCACCUGUGGGUCUUCCAGCAGCUCCGGCAGCUCGACGUGAUCGUCACCGCGACCUCGUCGCCGGCCACGGAGGCGAACCCGAGGGCCGUCGGCGGCGCCCGCCGCGCCCACACCCUCCGCGUGCUGAAUCUCGACUUCUCUGUCGACACCGCGGCGGGCCUCGUGUGGUCGGGCAUGAACGACGUCGCGCAGAUGAUGCCCGGGUGGUUCAACCUCGAGGAGGUGAAGAUCAUCGGCCUCAGCGUGUCGCACAAGGUGCAAGACAUGGUGCAGCACCUCCCCAAGCUGAAAACGCUGCGGCUCGAGAACCUGGCGUCCGGGGCGACGCCGGACACGAACGGGCAGCUGCCGCGACCGAUCGUGUCGCUCAGGAACGCCGGCGCGCAGCUGAGCACGGUGGUGAUCAAGGACGUGCAGCGGGUCCAGGUCGACCUGGACUCGAUCUCCACGAACUCGUCGUCCUCGACUAUCAUGAUCAAGGCCGGCAUGUCAGGGUCGCUGAACGGGCUCGCGGGGCGGAACCCGAACCUCGCGACGCUCGAGCUGAUCAACGACGACGGCGUGGUUGGCCUGAACGACACGGAGGCGCAGGUCACCGCGCUCGCGAGUCGAUCGUCCCUCACGAGCAUCAACCUGCAGAACCACCCCAGCUUCGCGUCGUGCAUCGAGGGCGGGGUGUCCCUCCCGACCUCCGUGCGGACGCUGACGCUGAAGAACAUGCCGAGCAUGUGCGCGAGGGCCGUGGCAAACCGGAUCCCCGUCGAGGCCGGGUUCCUCCUCGCGUCCCUGAACUCCGCGUCGACACCGGCCAUCACGAAGGUGGACCUGGCCGGAGUUCCGUUGACGGACGGCUCCAGGACGUUCCCGCCGCAAUGGUCCUCGAUUCCCCUCCAGGAGAUCCUGAUCGCGGGCUGGCCCACGGUCUCGGGAGCGGCGUUCGCGCCGAGCCUGGACGACCUCGCGGGCCUGACGCUGUCUAGUGCGUCCAAGGUGGUGCUGGACGGCGUCAACGGACUGACCGGGACGCUGCCCGCCGCCUUCCCGUCCGCCCUCCCUGCCCUGCGGGACCUGCAGAUCAUCAACAACCCUGCGAUCGCGGGCGCGCUGCCGGCAGCGUGGGGCAACAACUGGCGGCCGGCGGGCGACAUCAACGUGACGGUGUCGAACAACCAGCUCGGCGGGACGAUCCCCGCGGAGUGGGACGCGUGGCUCCGCGUCGGCGCCGGAUCGGGGCGGCUGCGGUACCUGUCGGUGCAGAACAACCAGCGCAUGUGUGGCAACGUGACGUCGCUGCAGGACACGGCCAGCUCGCUGUCGCUCACGCUCCUGACCGGCGGCACCAAGUUGAACCAGUUCUGCGGCAUCAGCGUGUCUCCUGGGAACAAGGUGUACCUGUCCGAGGCCCCGGGGGGCAGCACGGUCCCGCUGGACUUCAGCUUUGACGUCAGCGUGCGCGGACAAGCUAUCGGCCCGAGCUUCACGUACCAGCUGGUGAUGGACGGCGGGCUGUCGCAGGACGUCACGAUCGACGUGGCAGUGUCGGCCGCCUACCCGGACUUGCUCCAGAUCCGCCAUCCGCCCGGCAGCGGUGCCUUCCGGCAGAACACCACUGUGUUCCUCCCGCGCGCCACCGCGAGCGGCGCGGCGUUCAGCAUCGAGGUGCAAACGGUGGACAACGCGUUCACGGACUACACCUUCGACGUCACGGUCGCGCACACCUUCCGCGGCGGGAUCUCGGGCGGCCUGAACGGGUUCAUCAGCGACUUCAAGGCGACGGUCUUCAACGACGACCCGCCGAUCAACAUGGCGCUGUCGCCCGCGAAUCUCGCGGUGACCGAGGGGCAGUCCCUGAACGUGUCGGUGGCGUUCACGGGCGGGCGUCCGCGCAACUAUGCCGACGUGUACCUCCCGCCCACUCCCUUCUCGGUCGCUGACCGACUGCGGUACGUCGUGGCGGACCCGCUGCAGAUGUGGGGCACGACGGACAUCGGCACGCAGCAGAUCCGGUUCCCGCGCACCCCGGGGGGCGACUUCUUCGCGCCGCAGCUCGUGACGGUGCGGGCCAUCGACAACCAGGUGGUCAACGUCCCGGGCGCGCAGUCGGUCUUCAGCAGCUUCGGCGUCUACAGCCCGACGGCGCCGAUCAACUUCCCGCCGCGGGUGAUCAACGUGACGCUCAUCGAGCCGCGCACCGCCGCGGUGAUCGUGAACGCCGCGGCCCUGACCAUCCCCGAGGGGCAGUCUGUCGACGUCACCUUCCGACUGCAGACGGUGCCCUCGAACGACGUGCGCAUCCGGCUCUCCGUCAUCACCGACGCCAACAACGCUACCUCGGUCGCGACGGGCGCCACCGGCCGCGUGGACGCCGUCUCGCGCGUCGACAGCACCAGCCUGCUCGUCUUCACCCCCACGAACUUCGACAACCCGCAAACCGUGCGCAUCUCCGCCGUGGGCGACGGGAGGGCGACGGGCACGCUCGUGCGCUACGUGCGGUGGGAGGUGGUCCAGAUCUCGCCGUUCGGGGCCGCGCAGGAGUACCUCGGGCUGGCCAGCACCGGCACCCACAUCCAGGUCACGCGCACGGACGCCGACGUGGCGCAGCUGGUCAAGCCUGCGGCGAACCUCACGCUGCUCGAAGGCAACGUGCGCGCGGACCUCCUCGUCGGCUUGUCGACGCCCCCGAGCGCCGACGUCAUCCUCUCGCUGGCCACGUCCGCGCAGUCCUACACCGCGUCGUCGGUGUCCGCGAGCUACCUCGCGACGCUCGGAACCAUCCUCGGCGGCACGGUCGACCUCCUGAUGGAGGUCCGCGUGGUGUCCAUCCAGCGCGUGACCCCCGGCGACGAGGGCCCCGUGCUGCCGUGGAACGCCACGUCGACGGGGCUGUUCCGGAAGGACCGGCUCGACACCCUGAAGAUCAUCGUCGAGACGCCCGCGAUCGACGGUAUCGCGACGGGCAACCUGAGGACGUCGGUGUCGGGCACGGUGACCUCCGCGGACCCGGCGUUCAACACCGGGGCCGACCAGGCGCGCAUGAGCUUCAACACCGACGUGACGGUGGUGGACAACCAGCCCGCGGCGGUCGCGGACCUGUGCGCGGUGCCGUUCACGGACAGCACGUUCAACGGCUGCGCGGCGCGCUCGCUGUCCGGCACGGCGCUGGUGGCGGAGGGCGGCACCACGACGGUCACGUUCAAGCUGACCCCGCCGCCGCUGGCGCCGGUCACGGCGACCAUCCUCACGCAGCCGUCGGAGGGCACCGCGGCGGCGAGCAUCCCGAGCGGCACGGGCAACGACGUCGUGACGCAGUUCUACAGCGUCACGGUCACGGGGCCCGCGAUCGACGGCACCAACACGGGCUCGCGCAGCACGUCGACGCGCGUGCGCCUGCAAUCCGCGGAUCCGUACUACAACAACUUCGAGAAGACGCUCAGCAUCGUCAUCGAGGACGCCACGCCGCCCGCCGCCAGCGCGGUCACCGUGGACUCGUCGGGCAACAGCACGGCUACCUCCGGCACUGCCAUCCUGACCUUCGGCGGUGGUUUCAACCCGGUGGCCACGACGCCUAGCGUCGCCGGCGCCACCAACGCACCGGGCGACACGCUGCCUGGUGCCACGCUGCCGCCGGUGGCGACCGCGGGCCCCGGGGGCGCCACGCUGGCCGGCGGCGGCACGCUCGCGCCGGGCGACACGCUGCCGGGUGCCACGCUGCCGCCGGCGGCGACCGUGGGCCCCGGGGGCGCCACGCUGGCCGGCGGAGGUACGCUCGCGCCGGGCGACACGCUGCCGGGUGCCACGCUGCCUGGUGCCACGCUGCCUGGUGCCACGCUGCCUGGUGCCACGGCGGCUCCCGGCGCCACGGCGGCUCCCGGCGCCACGGCCACGCCGAGCCCAACGACGGCGCCGCCGGUGCAGGUCUCGGUGACUCAGCUCCCAGUCUCGUCCGUCGUGAACAGGCCGCCCGCGACGCUGCAGCUGCAGUCGUACGUCCGGCUCCUGCCCCACGGUCUCACGUUCCCCGUGGACCAGCGGCCGAAGGUGUGCCUUGACGACGCCACGUGCGUCUCUCGCGGCGUGACGAUGAUGAAGGCGUCCGGCGACGAGACGAACGACUGGGUGACGGUCCCCGGCGUGACGUACGAGGUCCCUGGCGGCGGCGCCGCGUGCAGGAUCUGCGCCGUGCUGUCGUCGUUCUCAGUGAUUGCCAGCGGGCGCAAGGAGCCAGACAUCACGGUGGACGCCCGGACGCUGCCCGCGGCGCAGACGUACACGGAGAACGGCCCGCUGCUCGUGAUCGACCCCACGGUGACGGCCUCGGCCCAGAACGGGAGCAGCGUCCGACUGGAGAAGAUGGUGGUGAAGAUCACCUCCAACUGCAACAAGGACCCGGGCGCGGGGGACCGGAUGGCCCUGGUGCUCGCGGGCACGACCUCGACGUACAACCGCACGUCGUGCGAGCUCACGGUCACCACGGACCCCGCGACCACCGGGCUGGACGCCGCAACGGUGCAGAGCGCACUGCGCAACGUGACGUUCGUGGCGCUCGGGGAGAGCCCGAGCGCCGGGCAGCGCGACAUCGAGGUGGAGCUGUUCGAGACGCAGUUCGUCGCGAAGAAGCACCAGCUGCGUCCGGUCAGCGUGGUGUCCGUGAACGACCCCCCCGUGGUCGCCGUGCCCCUGACCAUCUCCUACACCGAAGGCGGGCCGCCGCUGGCGUUCCUCGCGCCGCUGUCGAUCACGGACGCAGACAACAACGGGUUGAACCAGGUCACGGUGAGGAUCUCCAACACGGACACCACGGGCCUGACCACGUCGCAGGGCCCGGACAGCAUCCAGGUCAACGGCAACGGCGGGCAGUCGUCCUUCACCAUCAACGGCCCGAUCCAGGUGGGGUCCACGGAGGAGUACAGCAUCGAGUUCCGGCUGGCCAGCGGGGUCAGCGAGGCGCCGUUCGCGGACUGGCAGAAGGCCAAGGCGCAGGUGACGUUCGCCAACAACGGCCCGACGAUCCGGUCGAAGAACCGCACGGUGACGGUGCUGGCGACGGACGCGAACGGCGCGACGACGUCGGCGUCGUUCAACAUCACCAUCGCGGAGGUCAACAGCCCGCCGGUGUUCCGCCAGAGCCAGUACACGGCCUCCACGACGGAGGACAGCACCAGCGCGGUCUCCGUCACCAUUGUCGCCGACGACCCCGAGGGCGACGCGGUCAAGUACACCUCGAUCUGCGACUUCAAGUCGAACACCUUCAACUCGUCGUGGCUCAACCCCGUGGCGCGGCGGCGCAGCCUCCUGCUGCAGUCGUCGAACGACGGCAUCGUGCGGUUCGUCCCGAAGCCGAACGCCAACGGCCUCGACUCCCUCGUCGUGCGGGCGGUCGACGCGGGCGGCCUGUCGAGCGCGCUGGUGCUGGUCGAGGUCGACGUCGCCGCGCAGCCCGACCCGCCUCAGGUGGUGGCCAACGUGGUGCUGCAGGCCGCGGAGGGCGCGCCGCAGCAGUUUGCGUGGGUCCCGGACAUCGCGACGGACCCCGACGGCGACAACCAGAUCGAGUCGAUCGAGGUUGACUCCGCGGGGAUCACCACCACGGGGGGGUUCGUGUUCAACGCGCAGUGGAUCAAAAUCACGCCCGUGGACGCCUCGACGCCGACCGUUGCGCAGCCGACCACGUUCACGAUCGACGUGCCCGCGGGGGCGAUGAAUGGGUUCACGUCGUCAACGGUGACGAUACCGAUCAAGGUCAAGGAGCAGGGCUCGGCGACGCUGACGACGGGGUCGUUCCAGGUGCAGCUGGCGGGCGCGGCGGCGGACGGCACGCCGCCGGUCGUGCCCGCGGGGCAGACGUUCACGCUGGCGGAGGACACCGCGGGCGAGAUCGUGAUCGCUGCCGAGGACGAGCAGGCCGUGAACGGAGUGCCGCCGCAGAACGGGCUGGUGUUCAGCAUCCAGAACGUGCAGCCCGCGGUGGUGACGCUCACGCAGGCGAACAACACCGUCCCGUGGGCCUUCAAGGUCAACCCCGUCACCACCACCGUCAACUUCUUCGGCGCCGUGACCGUCACCUUCUCCGUGGACGACCCCACCGACACCACGCCGCCCGUCGUGCAGACGCUCACCAUCAACAUCGCCAACGCGGACGACCCGCCCACGCUCGGGUGCAGCGCGUCCACGGCACUCACCCUCAAGGUCCUGCCCGCCGCCGUCGAGGAGCAGCUCCGGAAGAACCCCUUCGACCUCGAGCCCACGCAGCCGGACUUCAAGGCCGUUGGGGCGGCGCGCACGGAGUUCGACUCGGUGUACAAGCCCUUCGUGGUGGGCAGGCUGGACGCCGGCGCCACCAACCCGACCGACCCCGCGACCGGGGGAUUCAAGAGCACCUUCGCGGAGGCAACGUCGCAGCUGGCAGCGGCAUCCUCGCGCGGGCUGAUCUACGGUGCGGGCGAGGCGCUCCUGACGUGCGCCGAGGCCAUGACGUGGCGCGUGGCGCAGUCGGGCGCCGACGGACCCGUGGUGCACCACGGCGCGCUGCUCGGCUACGACAUCGACACCGCGGCCAUCAGCUACGUGCUCGUCACGCCCCCGCAGGGCACGCUCGAGGUCGUGGACCCGACCACGGCCGACACGGUGCUCACCAGCCCGCAGGUCGGCGCGGUGUCCGCGAGCGCGCUGUUCGCGCUGGGCACGGUGCCGUCGUCGUCGCAGACGCUCACCGUGCUGCAGUCGGCGUCGUGGGACCCCGCGUCGGUCAACCUGACCGCGGGCAGCUCGGUGAGCGUCGAAACAAUGGGGUCGAAUGCCAAGGCCGGGCAGCCGCUCUUCGUGCGCUACACGCCGCCGCUCGCCAAGUACGGCCCCGGCGCCGACUCCUUCGUGUGGGGCGUCGAGAGCAACGGGCAGCUCCACGCCGCGGGCAAGGUCACCGUUGACGUGGUGUGCUCCCCGGGCACCACCUCCACGACGGGGCAGGCCUCGGGGACGUGCGCGCCCUGCCCGGGCGGCACGUUCAACCUGCCGGACGUCUACCACCAGGACUCGUGCGAGCCGUGCCCCGCCGGGACGUUCUCGGCGGCGAACGGCACGUCGUGCUCGGCGUGCCCUGAGAACACGUACGCCGACACACCCGGGCAGGCGCAGUGCACGCCGUGCCCGGACCCGCUGCAGGAGUCUCCCGCGGGGUCGCGCAACUGGACCGCGUGCGUGUGCCCCACGGAGACAUGGCGCAACUCGUCGGCCUACGAGCCGCUGACCAGGCUGGCUGGGCUCAGCUCGCGCGACAACAACGGCCUGCUGGCCCCCGUGAGCGUGCUGGACGCGGACCUGGUGCCCAACCUGCAGCCCGGGGACGUGAUCCGCAUCGACGACAGGUGCCUGCCGUGCUUCGCGGGCGCCGGCGGCGACCUGCUGCGCCAGAUCCUGAUCUGCAACGUCGUCAACCAGCCGAUCCCGGUGCUCAGGGUCCCCGGCUUCUACAUCGACCCGUUCACGGGCGUCCCCGAGGAGUGCACCCCGCAGGAGGCGUGCCCGAUCAUCCGGCAGAACGCGUUCGCGCUGACGCUGGCGGGGGCGUGCGCCGAGGGGUAUGAGGGGCCGACGUGCAACACGUGCGCGUCGGGCUACUACCGCAACGCGUCGCGGUGCAAGGAGUGCAACAACGCGGCGUGGCUGUACGUCAUCGUGGUGGUCGUCGUGGUCAUCGGCGUGGCGCCGCUGCUGGUGAAGCUGGCGCAGAAGGAGGUGUUCGCGGCGCUCAACAUCGUCAUCGCGUACUUCCAGGCCAACUCGGUGUUCCGCCAGCUCAAGUUCGAGUGGCCCGACCAGGUCCUGGACCUCUUCGACGGGCUGUCGAUGUUCAACCUGGACAUCGACAUCAUCUCCCCGGACUGCGUGGUCACCAACUGGUCGGCCACGAACAAGGUCUGGAUCGCCAACGCCGUGCCCAUCUUCCUGCUCGUCGUCUUCGUCGGCAUGUACUACGCGGGCGUCCUGUACGACCGCCAGCGGGCCGCCCGCAAGCAGCGCGCCAAGGCCAGGGCCAAGGCCAUCCGCGACCAGGCCAUCAAGCGCCGCCAGAAGGACUCCGUCGACGCGCAGCUCGGGGCGCCCAUCGAGGCCCGGGCCAGCGCCGUCUCGAACGCCGAAGAGUCGGGGCAGGUCGACGCGGGGCCCUCGGACGCGCCGCCGGCAUCGCCCUCGGGGUCCAAGAGGGGCAGCGACAGGGCGUCUCUGGACGCCCCGAAGCCGAAGAAGAGGACCGGUCGCAAGGUGCGCAUUGCCGCGGAGGACUCUCCCGAGGGCAGCGAGGCAGUGGCGGAGCGCAACCCGAGCAACACCAAGUCGGAGGGCGCGAAGUCGGUGGCGAAGAGCGACCGCAUCGUCCUGGUGCCGAAGGCCUCCGUGGAGGGCGACGCCAAGACGGAGAGCGUGUCGGAGUUCGGCGGCAGCACCAGCAAGUACGGGGGCUCGCUGGCGUACAACAUGGACGCGGCGCUUGGCCUGGCCGAGCAGGUCUUCCACAUGGACGAGGAGGAGGAGGACGAGCUGACGCUGGAGGAGAAGCGCGCGCAGGAGGCCGAGCGGCGCAAGCUGGCGCUGCGGCUGCGCAACUACGACCACCGCCUGCGUCGCGCUAUCUCCGGGUACCUCCUCGUGCUGUCGUGGGGGUACUUCAUGCUGCUCUCGGUCAACGUCGACUUCUUCCAGUGCAUCGACUUCGGCGGCACCCGCGUGAUGAAGUCCGCCCCCGAGACCCUGUGCUGGGAGGGCAAGCACCGCGUCGCCAUCGCGCCCGCGGUGUUCGGACUGGUCUUCUACGCGGUGGGCAUUCCGGUGCUGAUCGCCGCGCUGCUCUGGUACCACCGCGGGAUCCUCGGCGUGCGCGACAAGUUCCGGCAAGAGGUCAAGCGGCGCCGCGCGCACCGGUCGCACGAGGAGGAGGUGGGGCUGCGGAUCUUCGCGGAGCGCAUCAAGAUCGCCGAGGUCACCUUCGGGUUCCUCUUCCGGCGCUACGAGUCCCGGCUCUUCUGGUGGGAGCUGUGCACGUUUGCGCGCAAGAUUGGCAUCGUGGUCAUCCGCGCCAUUGACAAGCCGAUGGAGCAGUGCCUCUCGAUGAUCCUGCUCCUCCUCCUGUGGCUCUGUGCGGUCGCGAAGCUCUCGCCGUACCUCGACGCGCACCUGGACCUCAUGGAGGCCACGGCGAUCUUCUUCAACGCGAUUACUAUCUUUGCGGGCUUCCUCUUCUUCUCCGACAUCCUGUCGCCGCGGGACUACGACGCCGUGUCCAUCGCGCUCGUCGUGCUCAUCGUCACCUCGGUCGUCGUCCUCGUCGCCUUCACCAUCUACGACAUGCUGCCCAGGCUGCGCCGCGCGAUGCGCGUGAUCAUCAUCGAGCACCGCGUGACGAAGCUGCGCGAGCGCCGGCGGCAGCACCACAAGCGGGUGGCCGCAGUGCUCGCGAAGCACGGCAUGCUCGGGGGCGCGUCCAAGCUCAUGGGCCGCGCGCAGUCCCGCGAGAACAGCAUGAUGGCGCAGCUCGGCCUCCAGGGCGGGUCCAAGAGGAAAGGGUUGGCCGGCAAGUCGAAGCUGAUAUCUCAGAACGACCUGAAUGUGUUGCAAAUGGACAAGUCCCUGAUGGUCCCGAACGUGAGCAAGCUCAGCUGCAUCGCGACGAUGCUGGUGCCCCCGCGCAAGGACAAGAUGCUCGGUGGCGUGCGGCCCCUCCUCGAGCCGGACAUCUACGACAAGGUGUCGGACUACGUGAUGGAUGCGAAGGCGCGGAAGGACAUCGACCGUCUGGAGGUGGCCUUGUCGGCGCUGGGCAGCACCGUCACGCAGCACGAGGUGGAGAAGCGCGAGCGCGCCGAGCAGCGGUACCUGGACGCGAACGCCAAGGACUGGCUGCACCACACGUACGCGAAGACGGCCGGCAAGGGCGGCGGGUUCGGGAGCACUGCAGCCAACUCCGGCCCGAUGGCCCUCAUGUCCGUGGACCGCGAGGGCGCGAAAGACGACGACGUCUUGAACGUCAUGUCCGACAUUGCGCGGGCGACCGGGAAGGCGGCGGCGAAGAAGAACCGCGGCUCGACGGAGCUGCCGACCGUGCAGAGCGGCCUCGUCUCGGUCGGCGACGCCACUCCCAAGGGCCCUCGCACCCUGCCGGGGGCCGGCUCUACCGCUCUCGACAGCGCGGCGCCCGCGCGGCUCGCGGCGAUGGGCACCCAUGCGGCGCACCAGGAGCUCCCGACCGCGCGGCUCGCGCUGCCGCGUCGCGACAACCGGAUGCAGGUGCUGCUGAAGGACGACGCCCUGAACGCACAGGCGCUGGAGUGGGUGGCGUUCAACGCGUCGGACGAGGAGCGCCGCGUGAUCAACUCGGUGCUCGACGAGUGCAAUGCGGUGUACACGCACACGCUGGCCGCCACGCUCGCCUGCAUGGAGAUCCAGCAACUGCCCGACGGCAAAGUCAGGUACAUCAAGCACGCCGAGGCUCAGCAGCUGUCGGUGGUGCCGUUCUACAAGGGCCCCAGUCCGAUCACGACGGUCGCCGCCGUCAUGGCCGACGCGCACGACGAGGCGAUGGCCGCCAAGGGCGCCCUGGGCGGGCCCUCGAGCAUCGCCUCUCCCAGCGAGCCUGGGCAGUCGAGGACCUCCCUUCUCCCGGGGAGCAAGAAGACCCUGGCGUCGCGGCGGUCGGCGCUCUCAAAGCCCAGCGCGCAGGUGUCGCGCGUGCGCAUGCUUGCGGGCGUGUCGCGCUCGCACCUGGGCGGCCCGUCCCUGCGCCGCGUGCACACGAUGGACGUCGGGACGCUGAUGGACGACAGCAGGCACGAGGACGGCGGCUGGCAGCUCCCGGCCGAUAUCCUCGGCAUCGACGGCCCCGGUGGCGCCGAUGGAGCCGCGGAGUGGCGCGAUCGCGUCGCGCAGGGCUACGUGGCGUCGUCCACGGUGGCGCGCGCGGUGAUGGAGGGCAUGGACAUGGAGGAGGACUCUCCGCGUCAGGUCCCCGUCCUGAACCCGGCGCUGUCCGCGGUGACCGAGGGGGAGAGCGAGGAGGGCGGCGUCGACGCCGUCGCCUUCGAGCGCGCGAUGGCGCCGGCGCUGAUGCCGGGCGUGCGAGCGCGUCCCCAGGAGCCCAUGAAGCUGGAGUCGUUCCUGAACAAGAGCACGCACGAGAGCGACGGCGGGGGGGCGCCGACGCCGCUCACGGGCCAGCCCGUGCGGAAGCUGCCGCUGUACCCGAGCAAGAGGGAGGUGACGUCGCACGACGUGGCCGACGUGGAGGUCAGGAGCGACGGCGACGACGACGAUGACGACAGCGACGGGGACGCGCCUGCGUACCUGUCGGCCAUUCCUCGGGGCCCGCCGAAGUCGGUCACGAUGCACACGGUCGACGAGGAGAUGCUGGAGGACGACCAGGGCCCGCAGUGA